AUUAUGAUCCUGAUUACCUUUAUAAGCGGGGUGAGGCAUACCUGUUUGGACGAGCUGGAGAACAAAGAAAUGAAAAGAAAGCAUUCGAAUAUUUUCAACGUGCUUCUAAAUUAAAUCAUAUAGAAGCUCGGGGGGUCUUGGGCUUUUGUUAUGAAUUUGGAUUAGGUGUUGAAAAAAAUUUUAAACAAGCAGAGUUGCAUUACAUCCCAGCUGCAAAGUCCGGAAAUGGCUUGGCUCAGGCUAGGCUCGCGUUUUUAAGAAAAUAUGGUCGGCCUUGUGUCCGUAUUGAUCGAGCUGAGGCCGAGAUGUGGCAACAAAAAGUUAAAGAGCAAGGUGAAACAGCUAUCGCCUGGCUAUUUAACGCAGCUUGUAUUGGAUGUGAAAAAGAUGAAAAAACUGCAUUACAUUAUUUCCGCAUGGCUGCUGAGCAGGAUCACCUGGCUGCCAUGUACAACUUGGCUAAUGCGUUGGAAAAAGGAAUUGGAUGUGAAGUUGAUCUUGAAGGUGCUACGCAUUGGUUGGAAAGAGCAGCUAGCUCUG